AUGGCGUGGAUGGGGAUCCAGUGGCUGGUCUCCAAGACUCGCAUGGGCACCUCGUCACACAUUGAAGCCGGCGGCUUCUUCCGUAGUGCAUCCGGUAAACGGCAUCCUGAUCUCAAGUGGCAGUUCUUGCCUGGUGCGAGUGACGAAGACCGUCAGCUCUUACGGGACGGCCACGCCAUGAUGUUGCAUUGUACAGCACUACGCGCGACGAGCCGAGGCUACAUCAAGUUGCGAAGUGCCAACCCGCGUGACAGUCCUGCCAUCCAACCCAAUUACUUGGCGACUGAGUCCGAUCGUGUGGAUAUGCGCAAUGGCGUGCGGUUGACACGUGAAGUUCUGAUGCAACAAGCGCUCGAUGAAUAUCGAGGAGAAGCGAUCUCUCCGAUCGCGGGAGUACAGUCGGACGCUGAGAUUGACGCGUGGAUUCGGCAAAAUGCUAGUACGGAUUACCACCCGUCCAGCACGAAUCGAAUGGUGCACGGGCUUGAAGGACUGCGCGUGGUGGACGCUUCGAUCAUGCCCAAUAAUGUUAGUGAGAACCUCAACGCACCCACCAUUAUGUUAGCUGAAAAGGCUGCUGAUAUUAUCCUUGGUAACCCGGCACCACCCAAUCAGCGGUGA